UAGCUGGCUAACUAGUGAAUGGAGUGAGAGAACACACUGCACUUCAGAGUAUUUUUGACCCAGAAUUUCACACACGCGUCCGAUACAGAACAUGAGCGGCGUCGGGUACAAGUCUGGUGGCGGGCCGAUUUUACGGAAGGGCGCUGGAAGCGGGGGCAGCGCCGAGGGACUCGAUAAAAUCGACAUGUCGUUAGAUGAUAUAAUACGCUUGAACAGAAGAGAGCAGCAGACGCAGCGGCCGGUCAAGGGAAACAGAAAGACACGUGUGAAUGGCCGUUUCUCCCAGGGACGGAGAGUUGGGCCCCGGGCUGGUGGUCCCUCUCAGAGAGCAGGUGCGGGUGUGGCCAGGCUGGGUGUCCGUGGACGAAAGAUGCCCCCUCCGGUGGGUCGUCGCCGGGGUCAAGGGGUCAUCACAGGUCUGGCAGCGCGCAGGUCGGCCACACUGCGCAAGGGAAUCAGCCCACUGAACCGGCCUGCUGUGUCCCAGAAACCACGGCCGCUGCUGCAGCGCAGGCCUGCGCAGUUCAGGCAGGCGGACGUCCAGAGGAGGCAGUUCAGGCAGGCGGAUGCGCAGAGCGGCCAGACCGCGAUGGUGCGCAGGCCCGUGCAGCUGCGCAGACGGAACGCGCCCCCCGUCCAGCAGACCCAGAAGGAGGCUCGCCAGGCCACCUUCCUCUUCCGCAGGGGCCUCAAGGUCCAAACCCAAGUGCAGAACCCCACCCCACAACCAGCAGCACACAGGACGCGCCCGUGGCGGACUUCAACAACAAGUAGCGGCAUCCUGACUGUCUCCAUUGAUAAUCCGACUGCCAGGACACAGCCAGAGCCCCCCCGAGCCUGGUCACUGCACCCACCAGUAACACCCCCGUUGACCAUGAAGCAGGAAGAUGAAGAGCGAAAACCGCCAAAAGGGGUGCCGCUGCAGUUUGACAUCAACAGUGUGGGCAAGCAGACCGCGAUGACCCUGAACGAAAGAUUCCGCAUCUUGAAAGACCAGCGCGUGGCGGCUGCGCAGAGCAGCAAAGGCAGCCGAUUCGUCACCGUGGGUUAACCGCAGACCCGGACAGCCAAUGACAGAGAGAGAGGAGGACAGCGCUCGCUGGACUGAUGUGUCCCAACCACAAAAACAUGCACACAGACGCACUCACACCUGGGAAGAGGCGGAACAACUCGGGAUGUGAGCGCAGUCAUUUCCACGCAAGCCCAGCAGGUAUCCUUGGAGGACGAGAGAACAGUGACCUGAGAAGAGACUGUGCUACCCUUCGGAUCUCCAAGGACGUGGGUGAGCAUUCACCGUGAGGAAGGCUACCUGUUUUUUUUUUUUCAUUAUUAUUAUUUUAUUUUUUACUGUUCUAAUGAUCAAUGUUGGUAUUGCAUUCAGCUCUUUUGUGUUGUAUUCAGGUUUUCAGGGCUGAUUUGAAAUUUUUUAGAGGGGGAUGGCAUCAGGAAGGCCUCUUUGUGGGAGGGGUUUUUUUUUAUUUUUUUUAAAAAGAGGUGACACUGAGCCAGAAAAGUGAACUGAAUCUUCUGUUGCUGAGUAGACAGGAGCGGUCUAAGUUAUUUAGGUUUUUUUUGAUAGAAAAUAGUUUUUAAAAAAAUGUUGUGUUUGUUUUAUAAGAAUGUUUCAAAUAAACAUCAA